AUCCAGUGACGCAAGAUGGGAUCAUGCGCAGUCGGUGUCCUUCACAGGAAGCGUCAGUAGCUAGCAUGCUGGCUAGUUAACUUAGUGGUGUGUCUACUCUGCUCUCCGGACAUGAUGGGGGCUAAAACCAGCACCAUGGUCGCUGGGGUGGCCGGAGCCCUGUUCAUUGGAUACUGCGUUUAUUUCGAUAGAAAACGACGAAGUGACCCGAACUUCAAGAAAAGACUACAAGAACGCAGGAGUAAACAGAAGUCUUCCCAAGAGAAGACUGUACUAAGGCUACCUGACCUGAAGGAUGCAGAAGCUGUACAGAAGUUCUUCCUGGAGGAGAUCCAACUGGGAGAGGAGCUGCUAGCACAAGGAGACUGUGAGACUGGUGUAGACCAUCUGACAAAUGCCAUAGCAGUGUGUGGUCAGCCCCAGCAGCUGCUCCAGGUGCUACAGCAGACUCUGCCUCCUCCAGUGUUCCAGAUGCUGCUCACCAAACUGCCCACCAUCAGCCAGAGAAUCGUGAGUGCUCAGAGUUUGGCAGAAGAUGACGUUGAGUGAAUGAGCUGGUGAGGUUUGUGUGUGAAACAGUGUGCAACUGCGUGUAUGGCUGACUUGGCUGUGUGGCCUUAGUCAAGAUGGCUGCCAUUGGAUGGCUUCCUCACCAACCAGGACAUCGGCUGACUGUACCCAAUGCCCCAGUGCUAUAUAAGAAGUCCUGUCCGUGCCCCCUCGUCAGUCUACUGUAAAUAAUUUCCUAUGCAGUAGCCCUCAUUUCAGAUUCUAAUAACUUGACAAACUAAAUGUGUUGUAUUAUUUAGCCUAAAAGUGAGUUUUUUAUUUUUUUUAACUAAUACUCUAGAUUAUGUAGAGAUUAAGCAUCAUUUCAAAAUGUGGUGCCGCAGAGGACAUUUUCCCUAUUUAUACAUGAGACACUAUGUAAAGAGUUUGACUCUGUUUGUCCCUGUCAUGUAUAGUCCACCUCACAGUGAACAUAUCUUUAUUAGGUCGAUUGUUUUCUAAGAUAUAUGUGGAAUAUUAUUAUUAUUUUUUUUUUUUGUAAUUCUGAAAUCCAAGUCAUGAAAUAAAAAUGUGAGAAUGUA